UUUCAGAAAUUAAACUGUAACUUUUUCCUUCCCUUGUUUUAAUUCAUAUCGAUUUCGACCUCUAAAUCACCUCCUCCAUCUUCUUCUUCUUCUUCUUCUUCUUCUUCUUCUUCUUCUUCAUUGCUUCUGUCUUCGGUUUACCGCGAUUAAUACUCGAGCUGAAAAUCAAGGUUGUCAGGAGCGGAAGAACCUUCUUAAGCGAGAGAAAUUAUGGCUUCUAGCUCACGUGAUUCUUCUUCCAGGAUAGCCUACUAUAGAACUACGGGAUAUGAAGAUGUUUACCCACAUGAGGUUCAUCCACUUCUUCAGGAGCACACAAGACACCCAGAUGCUGAUUCAAUUAGAUCCGCACUAUCUCAGAUUUAUUCCUUGAAAAUAACAGAUGAAAACCGCCAAGAAUUUCAAAAGGAAUUGACUUCAAUGACCGAGUUGUCUUCCAAACUGAACCAUGAGAUAGAAGUUUCAUAUACGGAAAGAAAACAUUUAUCACAAGAACAAGGGUUUCUGUGCAUAGAGUUGGCUAAGAAGGUUCCAGGCAUUCCCAAAAUGCCCAUUUUCUCAGGUCUUUCUGCUUGUCAGAAGAAGAUGAUUACGACUUUCUUGGACCAAAAAAAGCGCAGGGAGGUGGUAGCUAGUUAUAAUCCACAAGCUCGAGUACUCCAGGCACUACUGGUUAGCUUCAAUGCAGAACAACUUGCUCAAAUACUCAAGGUACCGGUGGAUCUGACAGAAAAAUUGAAGAACAAGUUACCAAAAACUUUUGAUGAUCCACCAGAACCUGCUCAACUGCCCAAGAGCCUAACAGCAACCAUGGUUCCGCUAGAACCUGCUCAACCAGAGCGCCGCGAUUGCCAGCUCAAGGAUAUCCAAGGCGUAUUACAAGUUAUUUCUCUGAACAUUACAAUGCAUCGAGAACGGAUUAGCAGCUGUCUGAAAUUGCUUGAAAUAGUCAGCCAUUACAUCGAGGCUUUGAGACUCUGCUUUGAAAACCUAGAGGAGCCCGUCGUAGUUACCUCAGAAUUUGGCGAACAAGAAGCUGUUGAGCAGAAUUUAUCUUGGGAUUCGAGACUUUUUGUUGAUAACCUUCCAUUCACUAUCGAUGUUUCUGAAGUUGUUGCAUUGCUUCAAACAGUUGGAAAUGUUCAGAUUGUUAGGUUUUUCUAUGACAAUUUAACUCUGAGAAGCAGUGGGUUUGGGUUUGUUACCAUGUCCUCUGCUGAGGAAGCUCAAGCUGCAACACAGAAAUUGAAUGGCUUGAUAAUUGGUGAUAGAACUAUCAGAGUGAACUAUGGACCACCUCCACUUGAGGAAAGAUUUGAGUUUGGAGGAUCUCGAGGUGGUGGAGGUUGUUCUGAUACCUAUAAAAGGUUAUACGUGCGUAACCUUCCAUUCAAUGUUGACGAUACUGCACUUGGGUCUUUAUUCAGUAAGCAGGGAAAAGUAUUGGAGGCUAGAGUUAUGCAUGACACGAAGACUGGUAGGUCGAGGGGUUUCGGAUUUGUCACUUACGGCUCAACCGAGGAUUUCAAGAACGCACUUUCAUCCUUAAAUGGCGCUGUCGUGUAUGGCAGACGAAUUGGAGUCUCUAUGGCUAAAGAGGGACGGACAAAGGCGCUUUUGAGCAUUGAGCAGGACCUGUAUGACAGACGUUUCUCCGUGGCUAAAGACAGACAGACCAAGGAGCUUUUGAACGGAACAGGACCUGUAUGGCAGACGAUUCUCCAUAGCUAAAGAGAGACAGACCAGGGGGAUUUUGAGCAGAGCAGGUUUUCAUAAUCUCAAUUAAUUUUGUAUGCUUCUGCCUGUGUUUCGAACCAAAGAUAGAGGAUCGGCUAGGCCCUUGUAUUUUCAGAAUCUGUAGCCUGUGAUGAUGAUAUACAUGUUUUGUUGGAAACUUAGUGUAUUGACGUUAAUGAUACUCUUUUCAGUACAACUGUCUGUAAGGUUA